AAGCCACUUAACCUUACGUUAGGGCUCGCUUUUCGUUCUGUCGAGACUCGAAAUUUGAAAGGCGACCCUAAAAUCUCCAUGAACGAGUUACGACCGAGUCACUCAGCUACAAAAUCUUCCUCUCUCCAAGAUUUUUGAGUUGGUUUGGGGGAAUAAUAGUACAUUUAGAUGUUGGGGAAAGGAAGGAAAGUGUCCAGUAGGGGAGAGACAGUGGCUGCAAAUUAUGCUUUUGGCCCUGCUGAAGAUGAUAUCAUUAUAAAACACAGGCUUCUGACCCGCACCACUACCACAAGAGGUGAACCCCCAUUGAAGAAACUUCAAAAGAAGUUUACCUCGUUUGUGCUAGAGGUUGAGAAGGAUGAAGAUAACUAUAAUGAAUGUGCAAAACUUUCCAAGGCUUUCUUACAAGAGUUGUCGACGUUUGAGAUUCCUCUUUUAAAGAGUAAAGCUGUUAUUGAUUCAAAUCUUAGAGAGAAAGAGAACUUCAAUGAGUUAAAAGAUGAGAUAAAUAGGCAGAUAUUACAGGCACAGACUGACAUAGAAGAUCUAAAGAAACAACUUGAGGAAAGUAAGAUUGAGAGGCAGCACAAGGAGGAGUGUGAGGCAAUUAGGAAAUUGAUUUCUGCACCACCACCUAGAUCAGAGACACAGAAAAGUAUAACAGAAUUAGAGAAAGAGAUUGCAGCAUUGGAGGCAGAGAACACUGCUGGUUCAAGGUUGCUAGAGCUCCGGAAGAAACAGUUUGCUCUGUUAUUACAUGUGGUGGAUGAGUUGCAAAAUACCAUAGAGGAGGAACAAAAGAGUUUGAUUGAGGAGAUGAGAAUGGUGACUGAAGAGCAGAAGAGUGGAAUGGAAGAUGCCAAUGGGGGCUCAGAAGCAAUGGCUGUUGAUUAGCUGGGUGCUGCAUCUUAGUUUUGCGGUUGAAGGUUGUGUACUUCUAAAUUAUGAUCUGUUUCUAUUCAUGCAAAUACAUUUGUUUUAUGGUUCAAUGUAGUGAAACAUCAGAUUAUUCUUCACUGUUGUUUGGGAUAUAUUGAGAAAACAUUUGAAUUACUAAUGAUCUACAGUCAGCACUCAGCAUAGGAUGUGAAAAGGUGGCUUAGCCCCUCUUAUGUGAUACUCUUUGUCACUUAGUCCCUCAAUCUUCCUUGUAGUAUUAUGGUAGUUGUGUAAACAAAAUUAAUGAAUGUAGCUGUUUAAAUUUGGUUUCAAA